GGGGAGUUUGCGUCCAUAGUUACCAAACCCUCAGCGGUAAACUGCUGUUGACGAGUGUUUUUUAUUUCGCUUAGAGCUGUAUAAUACUUGUAAAUACUUCGUUGUCGUCAGACUAUGGAAAUUAUUAAAGGAAGUUUAGACGACAUUUCCCGACCUGCAUCGAGUGAGCAAACAGGUAGCCGUGUGUCCAGCGUGUCUUUGCCUCACAAUGACAGAAUCUGUCCUAUAACUCCCUUUUCCCUUGUUGUUUUGACCAACGAUGCUGCUGAUAUUCAGAUCCAGAGCAGCGCUGAAGAAACUACAGUCAGCUCCUCAGCCACUGGUCUUGAUCAAGGUCGGUGUCACGUUGAUGUUAAGGAUGAAGAGGAGGAAGAUUCAGAACUACAGAGAGCUAUGGAGGAAAUGAGGCGACUUGAUGAAAUAUUGUCUGAAAAGAUCUGCAAGGAAAAAGAAGUCAAGCGUCAACGGAAAGAACUUCAAACAAAACUCUGGCAAGAACUACUGAAUAAGCCUGAAGGUCGUUCUGAAUGUGCUCAUGAGGCUUUGAACACAAGGCUGUUUUUAGCUCUGGAAGCACCCAAUGGGACAGAGGAGGAGGAGGAGGAGGAAGAGGACGAUGACUUUGUGCCUGUGUUUGAAACUCAGGUUCCUGACGAUGAGAACGACAGACACAGCCGACAUCUGGAGCGAAGUGAAAAGAGGCCAUGCAGCUCAAUAGAAUCAUUUGAAUCUUUUGAGACUGGGGAAGAGCAGCUUCAAGGCAGCCACUCUGGAGCUUCCAAAGACAAGAAAAAACAGAAGGACUUUGUCAAGAGAAACAUUGAGCUGGUAAGUGGUGAUGGGGGCCAAGUGCUUUUGACCCAGGCGGAGAAAGACCGCCUGGCUGAGCUCCUCCGAGAAAUAGACGAAGAGGAAGAGGAGAGUGCCAGAGGCGCAGACAGCGAGGACAUGUGGGCUGUGUCAGUCUUGACAGGCCAAGGUUACACCCUGCAGCCCUCUGACCUAGAGCAGCUGAUUGACAUUGACUCCAAAAUGCGACUCCUCCUUCCCGUCGAAGAAUUUCUCUCGGUGCAAAGCUCCUACACAAACUUAAACGUGCCCCAGGGCCGCGGCUCGGAGGUUGGCUGGAUGUGUGAUGGGGACCCACAGCCAGGAGAGAAGGUCCUGCAGGAUAUAAGGGAGAGGAGAGGGCAGGAGAGGCGGCUCCAAGAGAUCCAAGAGCAGCUGGAGAUCCUGGGCCAGAGCCAGGAGAUGACUCAUUCUUCGCUGAGAUUCGAUGUUGGUGCUCCACGCUGUUCCCUGGAAACCGUUGAGGUCUGUCUGGUUUUAGGAGCCGCUGUAGAGUUACAACCACUGAACUGUCGCUCUUUCCCAAAACCCUGUAGCUAAAGGCACAACACAAGAAUGUUCGCAAGAACAAAGGCAAAUAGUGUGCGAGGAAAGGAAAACAUCAGAGAUAUAUGUAUUGGUUUGACUUUGUCAUUGUUCAUUGUUCACAGUGCUGGUGUCAAUGGAAGACAAAUUUAAAUGUAUUAUCCAACACAACACAUCAAUUCCAACACUCAUGAACCACAAAGUGAUGUAUAUAUAUAUAUAUAUAUAUAUAUACAUACCUAAUUUAAACAUAAAAGGUGCCCUUUUCACACACACAAACAGUGGGGUAAUAAAAGCGCUAAGUGGCAGCCACUCCCUUACAUCAAACACGGCACCAUGCUAUGCAACCCAAAUCUAUUCCCAGCCUAUUUAAGGAGAAACAAAUGGAAUUUUGUGCUAAUUAAGCCAAGCUCAGUUUGAGGAAACUGCUCUUUCUUUAUCAUCACAUAACAUCAAAACCGCCAGUCUCUUAACUACUUGUGUAGCUAGACGCUCUUUGCAUUCAGCUGUGUGUCACUGCGUUUUAUAUAGACUUGUCACUAAAUGACUGAACCCAGCGAGCGACUGCAAUGUAAACAGCACACUGACCAUGUAUAUUCAGCGUGCUACCGGGCUUGUUUUGUGGUUAGAAAAGAUUUAUUUGUACAGGAGUUUGUCUGGGAGGGAAUUCUUAAGCAGUUUCACACAGCUACAGUACACUCAUAAAGUUGAUUUGUAUAACAUCCGUAACUCAAAUGUGUUCUCACAGUGUUUUUGCACCUGAGGUGUAUACCAACUAUGUGGGGUUUCUGCGGAGUUUUCUGGCAGAUUAAGAGCAUGAUAACUAAGAAGGAAUCAGGGACGUAGAAUAUGAGUUUUUUGUUGUGUCAGUUUGAGCAAAUAAGUUAGACCAAUACAGGAAAAGCCAAGAUUCUUUUAAAUGGGGCAAGUGUUCCUCUAAAUGCUCCCAAUACAUGUACGAUUCAUCAUUUUGGAAGAUGUAGUAGUCCUUUCCUUCAAGAGUUAGAUGAGAUGAUCAAUAACAUGUCUGUGUGUAAAUAUAAUUUGUAUGAUUUUCAGUUGCUCUUUAACUUUAGUAGCAAAAUUUCCUCUUUCAUGCCGGAAGAGCAUAGCUUCGGUUCCUGAAAAGUAAAACCACUGCCUCAUGGGAUGUGACUGGCUUUCUAACCCUACUCAAAAAACACACAUAACAUGUUUGUUUCUUUGUCUGUCAAAACUUUUCAGAGAAGCAGUGUUAUUUUGUCUGCUCAUAGUCGGUGAUGACAAGAGGAAGAAAAUGAAUCCUGGAUUCCACGUCAGAGGUUGACAGUUUGUGAAUUUGUUUUAGGAAUAUGUUUGAAAUAAAAAUGUUUUACUGAAGUACAAUAUAUCUACAAAGCUACCAAGAUGGAUUGGGUAUUAAAUGUUUUCCCUCUAAAUGGGAAGUGUGCCAUCCUGUGUUUAGUCUGGCCCGCUGCUGGAGUCUAACACCAAUUAUAAAGGUGGAAAACAUCUCAUGCAUUGUAGCAGUGACUGCAGAUUCCCCUGCACUACUUAAGUUUGAUUUAUUUCCAGUGUGUGAUUGCUAAGAAUUUGAGUGUUUGUCUAGAGAGUUACCUGAUUUACUUUUUGAUGUCAUUUAUUUAAACAAAAGCUGUGUCAAGCUGGAUUCAGAUCUGAGACUUACUUUGUGCUCUCAUAUUUUGUGCGUCAUCCCUGCUUCUUCUUUCUCUCAAUCCAAACAAGCCACCCCCCUCACCCCCUCUAGUGAAACUGCCAAAGAAU